CACAACAUCUCUUACCCUGAAACAGUCAGUCGAGAGCGGAGCACGAAGCGAGCGGGAUCACACGUGGAAUCUACAGAGCUAGUGGGAUAUUUAAGGAAAAUUUGCACACAAUGUGGAUCGCAGUGCUGGGUAUUUGGGUGGUCGUGUUUGGAAUUUUCCAGUAUGUGAAAUUAGUGCAGAAGAAUGCAUUUGCUAAACAUUUACCGUUGCUAAAUGCAAGUUAUCCUAUCGUUGGAAAUGGACUCAUGCUUAUUGGGAAACCAGAACACAUAAAAUUCCAGAACUUCCGGAAGUUGACUAGCAUCGAUUACCCGCUGUCAAGGUUCUACCUGGGCCCGCGAGUCAUGGUCGGCACGACGGAACCAGACAUUGCUCAACAAAUUCUCACCGACCCGGUUUGGAUGGAUAAACCGUUCAUCUACGAAUUUUUCGAGCUUCCUUACGGGUUACUGACGUCCAAAUAUGACAUCUGGAAGAACCAUCGGAAGGCGCUGAGUCCGGCGUUCAAUAUGAAGAUCCUGCAAAGUUUUAUCCCAACGUUCAAGCACUUUUCGCAAAAACUGGUGGACCGAUUGGCCGUCCAUCCCGCGGGGACGACAAUUGACAUCGAUACCGAUGUGACCACAUGCUCGCUGGAGAUUGUGCUGCAGACCACGUUCGGAUACGAUGCUUCGCAGCUUACCGAAUGCAAAGAAAUUGGCUCGAGUAUUGAACGAUAUUUUCACUUCAUUUCGAGGCGUGUAAUGAACGUGCAUCACUACAGUGACUUUAUCUAUAGCUGGACUAAGGAUUACAAGCAAUCACAGUCUCUGCGUGUUUAUCUGGAAAAUUGGGCCAAAUUCUUGCUGAACGAAGUGGCUCAUCGUUAUGCCGAGCGAUCGACGAAACCAAUAGAAAACGACGGUGUUAGAAAGCCGAAGAUUUUCGUCGACGAGUUGUACACCAACAAAAUGAUCAAGUUCUCUGACGAGGAGUUGAUACACCAAGCGUUCACGAUGGUCGGCGCCGGGACGGACACGUCCUCCAACUCGGUGGCCUUUACGCUGCUGUCGCUGGGAAUGUACCCGGAAGUGCAACAGAGAGUGUACGAGGAGGUGAUGCGGGUCUACCCGACGGACGAGUCGGAAUUUACGCCGGAAUCGCUGAAGCAGCUCGAGUACAUGGAGAUGGUCAUCAAGGAAACGCUGCGGCUGUUCCCCGUUGGGCCGUUGAUUCUGCGUCAAAGUGUAGCCGAUUCCACGAUUGCUGGACUGUUUAUACCGAAGGGGAACAUAUUUGGGAUCGAUAUCUUCAACAUGCACCGCCGGAAGGACAUUUACGGCGAGGACGCGGACCGGUUUAAUCCGGAACGAUUUUCGCCCGAACGAAGCAAGGACCGAAAUCCGUUUUCGUUUUUGGCCUUUUCUGGUGGUGCGAGGGGAUGCAUUGGAAUUCGAUACGCGAUGAUGAGUAUGAAAAUAAUGGUGGCCUAUAUGGUGAAAAAUUUUGUCAUCAAAUCAAAACUCAAGAACGAGGAUUUGCGGUUCAAGUUCGACAUCAUACUGCGGUUGCAGAACGGAUAUUUGGUACAGUUGGAAAAGCGGCACAAAACGCAUCACUUUUCGCAAAAGCUGGUGGAUCGAUUGGCGGUCCUCCCGGAGGGAACGACGAUAGACGUCGACGUUGAUGUGACCACGUGCUUCCUGGAGAUUGGACUUUUUACCACGUUCGGCUACGACUCCUCGAAGCUUACCGAAUGCAAAGAGAUUGGCUCAAGUAUUCAACGAUUUAUCCAUCUCUUAUCGAAGCGGAUAAUGACCGUCCCUCACUAUAACGAUUUUGUCUAUCGCUGGACCAAAGAUUACAAGCAAAGUGAAUCCGUUCGUGCGUACAUGGACAAUUGGGCAAAAUUCUCUUUCCAGUUGCUGAAGGAAGUGGCCCAUCGUUACGCCGUGCGAUCGACGAAACCAAUAGAAAACGACGAUGUCAGGAAGCCGAAAAUUUUUGUCGACGAGUUGUACACCAACAAAAUGAUCAAGUUCUCCGACGACGAGUUGGUACACCACGCGAUCACAAUUCUUUGCGCAGCAACGGAUACGAGCUCCAACUCGAUAGGCUUUACGCUGCUUUCGCUGGGGAUGUAUCCGGAGGUACAACAGAAGGUUUACGAGGAGGUGAUGCGGGUUUAUCCGACGGACGAAUCGGAGUUUACGCCGGAAUCGCUGAAGCAGCUCGAGUACAUGGAGAUGGUCAUCAAGGAAACGCUGCGGCUGUUUCCGGUUGGACCGAUGAUUUUGCGUCAGAGUGUAGCUGAUUCAACGAUUGCGGGACUGUUUAUACCGAAGGGGAACAUAUUUGGAAUUGAUAUCUUCAACAUGCACCGCCGGAAGGACAUUUACGGCGAGGACGCGGACCAGUUUAAUACGGAACGGUUUUCGCCCGAACGAAGCAAGGAUCGGAAUCCGUUUUCGUUUUUGGCCUUUUCUGGCGGAGCGAGGGGAUGCAUUGGAAUUCGGUUCGCGAUGAUGAGCAUGAAAAUAAUGGUGGUCUACAUGGUGAAAAACUUUGUGAUCAAAUCAGAACUAAAAAAUGAGGAUUUGCGGUUCAAGUUCGACAUUAUACUACGGAAGCUGGACGGGUAUACGGUACAGUUGGAAAAACGGAACAAAACGCACUGAAAAAUCCUUCCAUUG